GAACCCCCAGGAGAACUGAAAGAAUUCAGAGAAGCCCCAGGAGAACUGAAAGGAUUCAGAGAACCCCCAGGAGAACUGAAAGGAUUCAGAGAACCCCCAGGAGAACUGAAAGAAUUCAGAGAAGAACCCCCAGGAGAACUGAAAGAAUUCAGAGAACCCCCAGGAGAACUGAAAGGAUUCAGAGAACCCCCAGGAGAACUGAAAGGAUUCAGAGAACCACCCCAGGAAGAACCCCCAGGAGAACUGAAAGGAUUCAGAGAAGCCUCAGGAGAACUGAAAGGAUUCAGA